AUGGCCACCUUUGUGGCUUCUCGUCGAGGAUCGCCGAAGCUCUGCUUCGAAGGUUACAUGUACACCAAGCACAGGACCAACGACGAGAAGACGGCAUGGAGAUGCGAGAAAUUCCAGGAGGGUUGCCGGGGACGAGCUGUUACUGCAGGUGAGACGACCACUGUUACACAAGGCCAUACUUGCCAUCUACCGAGUCCGGAAAAUGUCGCUGCGGCGCGUUUACAAGAUGAGAUCAAAACUGCAGCCAAGCGUUCCCACGACACCCCUCGGAACGUCGUCACCGCCUGCCUACAAGGGGCAAGACCGGCGACUAUCGCGAAGCUCCCCAAGCUGUCAUCACUGGAAAGGAAGGUGAACAGAGUUCGACGCGAAGCCCAUGGCGCAGCUCAAGUUCCCCACCGAAUCGACGACAUAAUUGUACCUGAACACCUGCGCAUGACAAGAACAGCGUCACCCGAAGUAUUUCUCGCAGGGGACACAGGCUGUAGUGACUCGGAAAGAAUAAUGAUUUUCGCCUGUAACACGGACCUGUGCCGUUUAAACACUUGCGAAACCUGGUUGUGUGACGGUACAUUUAAAGUAGCACCAGAGAUGUUUUACCAGCUUUGGGUUGUUCAUGGCCUCUACAAAGGAAGGGUGCUUCCCCUUGUAUACUGUCUCUUGCCGAACAAGCGCGAAGCGACGUACAAAAGAGCAACGCGCAUGCUACUUGAGGCUAUUGACGAUGCCACUUCAAGCCCACGACAGGUGCAGACAGUAGUCAUGGACUUCGAAAAGUCUGAAGAGAAUGCUUUUCGGGAAUGCAUUCCUGACGUCGAUGUGCAUGGAUGCUUAUUUCAUUUCGCGCAAAGCAUCUGGCGCCGAAUUCAAGAGCUGGGCAUGCACACGCGAUUCAUUGAUGAUUCCAGCUACCACCUCAUCGUGAAGAAAUUCAUCGCACUGUGCUUCUGCGAUGUUUUCGACGUCUGCGACAGAUAUCGCAUGCUCGCAAGACAGCUGCUGGACUUGUUUGGACGCACGGAACAGCACCAAGAGUUCCUAGACUACUUUGAGAAUACCUGGGUCGGUCGACCCCACAAGGACCCAAGGUUCCCAAUAUCUAUGUGGAAUUGCAAGCGCGUGACAGAGGUCAGCCUUCCCAGAACCAACAAUAGCGUUGAAAGCUGGCACCGGGUAUUCCAAAAUUCUAUCGGUGCAUCCCAUCCUACAGUAUUCAAGUUGCUGGAUGCGCUUCUCUCUGAACAAGUUCGUGUGAACGCGAUGGCCAUCCAGCUGGACGUGGGUCAUGAGCCACCGCUGUACACGAAGAAGGAGUACGAGCAGUCUAACAAGCGUCUAUGCCGGAUCCUGGAUGACUAUAACAACAGAGACGCAGACAGCUUUCUCAAUGCGUGCUCGUGCUAUGUACUUGGCGAUUCUCGAGUUUAUUAG